UGCCCCAUUAAUACAAGCUCUUGGGAGGCAAAGUCAGGUGGAUCUCUGAGUUCGAGGCAAGUAUUUUCUACAAAGUGUAGGACAGUCAGGACUACACAGAAAACCUGUCUCAAAAAGAAUUACUUUGGUGUUGACUGUGAAUGAGGUCUGUUGGUAAGCUUUGCUUCCUGUGGUCAAGUAUGUACUCUGAGCCUCUCAAGACAUCCUGUAAACUUUCUUCUUGCUCUGCUUCUUUCCAGCCAAAGCAAAACCAUGAUGUUCGAGUUCCUAAGCCUACUGUGUUCUGGUUUCUUCCUAGUCCAGAGGAUGUCAGCACACAUGGGAAUCUACAUGAAGCCUUUCCUCAUAGCUCCACAAACUCCCCUGGCAAAUUCAGGAGAGAAUGUGACCCUGGAGUGUCAUUCAGAGAUUAUGUUUGAUACCUACAUUUUGACUUCACACAGAAUGGAAAUACUAAAAGAAACUUUGCAGCAUUUUCAAGAAUCUCAUUUUAGUGGGUCUUAUGCCAGUUUCACAAUUGGUCCCAUGACACCUGAUCACAGUGGAACAUACACGUGCUAUGGUGCUUACAAUCAUAGCUUAUAUGAGUGGUCAGACUCUAGUGACCCCGUUGACAUCAAGAUCACAGGUGAAUACAAGAAACCUUCUCUGUCGUCUGUGAUGAGCCCUGUACUGGUGUCAGAACAGAACAUGACCCUGUCCUGCAUCUCUAACCAUCAGUUUGAAAUGUUCCAUCUGUCCAGAGAAGGGGUGCCUCAAGGAAAAGGGAUACCUGCAAUGCAGAGCCACAGUGGUAAAUUUGAAGCCAAAUUCCUUCUUAGUCCUGUGAUCCAAAAAGGGAACUAUAGAUGCUAUGGCUCUUUCAAAAACUCUUCCCAUGUGUGGUCAUCUCCAAGUGACCCCUUGUACCUUCCUGCCAAAGAUAACCUCAAGAACCUGCACAUUCAAAUUGGGCUCUUAGUGACCAUGGUCCUUGUCAUCGUCGUCAUCAUCAUCAUCAUCAUCAUCAUCAUCAUCAUCAUUUAUUAUUAUUACUUUUCCAAAAAGAGUAAGUCUCAGAAACAAGCAGGCAGCAUUUUAGAACAAGAGUCUGAAGUUAAAGCAACAAUAAACAGACAGGAUCCUGAAAGACAAGAAGAGCAUAAGGUGCUACCUGUUAAAGUCUUCUACCAGGAGCAUGUACUCAAAAUCCAAGAGGUCACAUAAGACACAAAACUCCAAGAAGAAACCUUACUGAAUGUAAAGACUCAAUAGCCACUAGAACCUAAUAUCACUUAGGCCAAAAGAAAAAAGGAGAAACAAAACCAAGGGAAAAACAUCAAAAACACCCAUUUAAUAAAGAUAAACUCAGAAAUCAGCACCUAAACCUUUAAUAACCGCCAAGCCCAGAUGACUGGAAGACAAAGUAAGAACACAAUUAAUAACAUCCAGGGCAAUAUAGCACCACCAGAGCCCAUAUAUCCUACUCUACAGCAGACCCUGGAUAGUCCAACACAGCAGAACCAGAUGAAAAUGGCCUUAAAUACAAUCUUAUGAAGAUGAUAAAGACGUUUAAAGAGGAAAUAAAUCCCUUAAAGAAAUACAAAAUUAUAAUCAAAUAGGUGAAGGAAAUGGGGAAAAGUUUAAGAUCUGAAAACAGAAAGAGCAGUCAUAAAGAAAACACAAACUGAUGGAAUCCUGAAUAUCAAAAGCUAGGUAUGUGAACAGAAACUACAGGUGCAAGAAUCACCAACAGAAUACAAGAUAUGGAAGAGAGAAUCUCAGGAAUAGAAGAUUUUAUAGAAGAAAUUAAUAUAUCAGUCAAAGAAAUUCCCACCCCAAGUCAAGGAUGUAUUGUCAAAUGAUAGGAAUUAGGAGAGGAAGAGUUGGGUUUAGAAUAUUCUUUUUAUGUCUUCACUGUGUUUUUAUUGUUUCCCUAACUCCAUGGUUACUCUAAAAAGUCAAAAACAAAAAACAAAAAACAAAAACCCAUGUUGUAAACUCAAAUCUUACUUGACAUCACAUAAACAAGUAAUCCUGUAACAAGGGCAGGCUUGCUGCAGCCUCCACCUCCUUCCACAUCAAAUGCUCUCUCCUUCUAUCCCAAAUCUCCACAGAACUCCAGAGAAGCCUCCCACAUUCAUAUUCUCCAGCAGUUCUGCUAGAAGCCCGUGCUUUGUACAUUAAUUUAUAUUAUUAUUUUAGAACUUUUUAUAGUGUUAUUAAUUUUGUUUGCACCUACACAGGGGGCCAGAAGUGGGGGCACAUUUCAGUGCAGCUCCUUUCCUCCCACCAUUAAGAGCGAGCAAGCUGAUGUAGCAGGCAAAGGCCUGUGCCAAGUCUGUCAGCCUAGCUCUAUCCCUGGGUUCCACAUGAUGGAAGAAUACUUACUCAACUAUGUUAUAUUCUCUUGCAUUUUGAUUGUGAGCAUAGACUUUAACAGCUGUGUCAUCCCACCAGCUCUCUCAUGUUAUUCUCUUAGGACACACACAUAUCCACCCACACCCACAAACAGGCACACACAGACAGGGUUUAGAAUAUUAAUACUAUUAAAAUGGCCAUACAUCCAAGAGUAGAUGAGCGUCACAAAUUUAAAUUUGUGAAUUAAAAGAAAAGAGAGAGAACAAAAGUUAGUUGAUAUAUUCAGGAGGAGUUGGGCCAGGGGCUGAAUAUGAUCAAAGCACAUUGGGUACAAUUCUUAAAUAUCCAAUAAAAAUGAAACAAAAAUCCA